AUGGGACCAAGUUCAGUUUUGACAGAGGCUGAAGAAAAUUUAUUGUUUAGCUGGAUCCAUGCCAACGCUAAAAAAGGCUUUCCAAUAAAGCGAAGGACGCUGUAUGAAACUGUGAGUGACAUUGUUUUGGCAGAUGGAAGACCUACACCAUUCAAAGAUGGAAGGCCUGGUGAAAAAUGGUUUAAGUCAUUCAUGAGACGUCACCCUGAUGUAUCAGAACGGCAUGCUGAGAGCAUAAAUACUGCCAGAGCAGCUGUUACUGAGGAAAAUAUCAGGCAGUGGUUCAAUGAACUUCAUCAGCAUCUUCAGCAGGGUAAUAAUUUGGACAUUUUAAACGAACCAAAAAGAAUUUAUAAUGCAGAUGAAACAGGAUUUGAAACAUGUCCUAAAACUGGGAAAGUUCUGGGUCCAAUUUCUUUUGACAAUCUGUAUGAAGUCAAAAGUGGCAAUGAAAAGGAGGCCAUUACUGUAAUGGCAAAUUUCAAUGCUGCUGGAGACACUGUACCCCCAAUGGUCGUAUUUCCACUUCAGAAAAUUUCAAGGGACAUAUCCGAGAAUUUGAACAGUGAAUGGGGCAUUGGGCGGUCAAAAAAAGGCUGGAUGACAGGAGCCCUCUACUUUGAAUACAUUGCCAACAUUUUCCUUCCAUGGCUGAAGAAAGAGAGAGUCAAAUUUCCUGUUAUUUUAUUGGUAGAUGGGCACAAAUCUCAUACAUCAUAUAAAGUUGCUAAGUUUUGUGCCGACAAUGGGAUAAUACAAUUUGCAUUGUAUCCAAAUGCGACUCAUGUGCUUCAACCAGCUGAUGUGGCAAUAUUUCGUCCCCUGAAAUCUGGAUGGAGAGAUGCUGUAUAUAAUUGGAAACACAAAACUGGGAACAAAGUUGUAACAAAAACUGUAUUUGGCCCAUUGCUUGAGACCGUUUUCAAUUAA